GUGCACUAGAAGACUAAGCUCGUUCGGUAGUCGGCAAGCCCAUUUUAUUUCUCUCCACGGAGACAGCUGCAACUCUGUUAGGAGCGUCAGGACGUUCGUUCAAAGACGAACGACGAAGAAAGCUGCCGCCUUUCGCCUGUUCUCUCGAGGUAUCCGCAAAAUCAGUAUGGGUUUCUCGCUGAAUCCAUCAAAUCCAUCUGCCAGCAAAAUUAACAAAAACAUAGUCAUGGAGAAAGUUGGCGAUGCAGUUGUGGAUAUGGAAAGUCUUGCACAAUCACCUGAUGAAUGCUGCUCUGGAAGUCCAAAGAUACCAAAGGCCCUCUCUCGCAAGAGUUCAAUGCGCCCGGAAAGACAUAAUGGCGAGGAGCUAGAAGUAGAUGAAACAUUGAAAAGGCUUCUUGUGAAAGUUGUACCUGCUCAGGUGGAGCAACUGAAACAGCCCCUUGUGCCCUUCAAAACCCUCCAUGCUGUGCAAUCUGUACCUAAUAGCCCUGUUCCCCCAGAUUCUGGAGAAGGAAAGAACAAAAGAUUAAAUCGCUUAACCUUCAUCCAUCCACGAAAGAUUCUUCUAUUCUUUGCAACCUUGUCAAGCGUAGGGACCAUGGUUCUCAUAUAUUUCACUUUGGCGAUUGACUGAAAAGACACAAGUCAACUCAAGCUUUGCAGUUUGCUGUUACUUGUUUCAACCUCCCAGUUAGUGUUUUCUGAAGGCGCCGACAACUUUUCAACCUAUCUGUAAUAAUAGGGAGGCUCAUAAAUGUUCAUCUCACUUCUUGCAAUGGUCGUAGAAAAUUGAAGCAAAAUAAGGUAAAUAGUUGGUGUGAUGGAAGCUUUGUAAAAGGUUUAUAAAAUUGAAAAAUCUCAACCAAAAUGUUUUUAUGA